UUCCACCGACUGCCUGCCUGAAACUGCAUGCAAUGCAACAACACCGUGCAUGCAUGCACAUCUGUCAUCAGCAAUGACAAGCUACUGUAGCUAGCUCCCAGAUCAGAUCAGAUCAGAUCGAUCGCAAGCCUGCCUAUUUAAGGAGCCACACUCCAUCUCACUCUCCUCACCAGCGGCUAGCACUUGCUCACUUGCAUUCCAAAGCUAGUACAAGCAAGUCUCAGACACCCCCAGAACAUCGACGACAUGGCUCGGCUUGCUGUGGCGAUCGCCGUGGUGGCGGCGGCGGCGGUGGUGGUGCUGGCGGCGACGACCUCGGAGGCGGCCAUCUCCUGCGGGCAGGUGAGCUCGGCCAUCGCGCCCUGCCUGUCCUACGCCCGGGGCCAGGGCUCCGCACCCUCAGCAGGCUGCUGCAGCGGCGUCAGGAGCCUCAACUCCGCCGCCCGCACCACCGCCGACAGGCGCGCCGCCUGCAACUGCCUCAAGAACGCCGCCCGUGGCAUCAGCGGCCUCAACGCCGGCAACGCCGCCAGCAUCCCCUCCAAGUGCGGCGUCAGCGUCCCCUACACCAUCAGCACCUCCACCGACUGCUCCAGGGUGAACUAAACCUAAACGAUGAUCGAUCGAUCGAUGAUCCAUUCCGCCGCCGCCGCCGUCGUCGUCGAUCGGCGCCGGAGCAUCGACCAUGGAUGAGUAUCUAUCUACGCCUGAUAUGAUGAGAUGAUGAGUUGUCUACUACUGCUACGUCGUACUACUGAAUAAAAAUCUCUCCGUAUGUACGUACGUGUCGUCGUGUACGCUGUGAUACGCUUGCAUCUUAGCGUAUGUACGUACGUGCGUGUGUACAUGUGUGUGUGAGAGAUGUACUUUUGCUUGUUGGGUUUAUUUUUGAGUGCAUGCACUAUGUGCGGUGUUUAUUAUUUAUGUCCGUGUACGUUUCCUCUCGCUCCUGUGGUUUGUACUAGUUCGAUCACUGCUACAUGCACACACACAUCUCUUUGUUUCCAAA